AUGGACGCGUCCGAGGCCUCGUCGGCGCUGAGUCCGCUGUCGCAACCGACGAAAGUUCCGAUCGCGCAGCUGUCCCCAACACUCGAACAGCUGGAAGGAAAAUGCAUUUAUGCGACUGUCACUCUGGUCUGGCCGUACUCCUCGUCUACCAAAUCACUCGCUCUGCUCCUCGCCGAACCUGACAUCCGACUGCGCCGGUCGAACGGACAGGUGAAAGCGGUCUUUCAUGGGCGCGUCGCGGAAAAGGUUGCGGGCUCGUUGGUCGGAAUCGGUGAUCAUGUUCGUCUUGCACUGAAAGGUUCGAAUCUUGUUGAGAAUAAUACGGCGGCACAGACACCUAGUAGGUCUGUCGCGUGGGAUAUUCAUUUCAAGAGAAAUGUAUCGCUUGAGGUGGAUCGCACUUCUCGGAAUCAAUCAGUAGUUAUUAUCGACGAAGAACCAGUCGGCUCGCCUCCCUCGACCCCCCAGGUGACCUCCAUCGAAUCGCAAGAUACCACGAACGGCCCAGGCGCAUGGGGCUCCCCUGCCUUCUUACGAACUGCUCGGUAUUCAUAUGGCGAAGCUCUCGAUUCUUACUACGAUCCAUUUGCGGAAAAAGAUGGAUUUGUUCCUGGCAGAGGGAGGAAGCGGCCUAGAUACAGUUUGCGGAGGGAAGAAUGGCGCAUUUUAGAUGAGCCCUCGAGCCCUCGUGAGCGCGAAGGAACCGUGGAUUGGGACAAAGUCAUUGAAGAUGAAAUGAAUCUGGAUCAGGAUGCUGAGUCUCAAAUGGACACCCAGCUUCCUACAGAAACCUCAGCUCCUGAUGUCCAGGCGUCAGAGAAUACGAGCAACGACGAUCCGUUCUUGGACCAUUCUGAUCUUUUCGCGAAGCCGUCUCUGGAGCCGGCUGGAGGACUUUUCGGAAGACGAGCGCUAGCUUCAAACGAAGCCACGACUGGAGGAAUUUUCGACAGCAGUUUGUCGGCACCGGCCUUUCACCUGCCUACGGAUACGCCGCAACUUCGCCCCGUCCCAUCACCAGGACUCCCUAUUCCAUCGCCCAUUGUUUCCAAUCAGAACAAUGCCCAGGGAUACUUCUCUCCAUUCCAAGCCGUCCCACAGGCUCAGAAUGCGCAGUCCCUCUCCGCCGAUGUCAAUAUUGACACCACCAACGACUUGCAGACGCAAACAAUGUCCACAGACGCAGCAGAAGUAGAAAAUAAGGAACACGACAGAGAUAUGGGUCCAGACCAGGACGCCAUUAUCGCCCAUCAUUACCGUUCAGAAUUACCAGGCUAUCCCGACCUGCAAAACAAUGAUGAAGUGGCUACGGAGGCAAUGCGGUUGCCUUGUCCUCCGUCCCCGGAAUUCGUCGAUCAACAAGAGGUGGACAAGUCUCAUGAUGGAUUCCAAUACAUGGACGAUACCCAGCAAAGACUCGAGGAAAAUCUGCAUGACCGACCAGUGGAAGAGGACGACCUCGAUGGUCUUUUCGAAAAUGAGAAUGGAGAUAUCGAGGCGGUGCAUGUGGACGAACAAGGUUUUGUUGCUCCAGAAUCCAGUCCCGAAAUGCAGGAUAUCGACGACAUACACAUGCACCGGCGAGUCGAUAUGGACUUCGUUGAAGAAGAAACAGAAGAACAUGUGCCCGGGACUGAGGAUAUGGAGAGCGAGGAUGAGAACCAAGAGACGCGUCAGGAAAUUGAACAUAGUGAACGCCAAUCCCACGCUAGCGAAGAAAAGAGUGAUGCUCAUGAAGCCAUCUACAGUGGAUUUGAUAAGACGGACGAUAUUUCAGAGACUGACAGUGACGAUGAAGACCAAGACAAGUACACGGGGGAGGACGAGGAAGAAGCUUCUCAAGCUGAAGAUCUGCCUCGGCCUCAAUCUACUCAGCAGGAGGUGAUUGUGCUGGACAGUGAUAGCGAAGAUGAGCUUACUUCUGACCAGCCGGCCAUGCCAACUCCGGCACUUGCUAUGGCCCAGGGGAGUCGAGCUGAUUUCUCGUCGCCUGUGCAACGCACUCUCUCAUCUUUGGUCAGAGUGGACAGUGAGGACGACUGGUCUGCCGCUGAGGAAGAAGCUGGAUACGAUGACAUGGAGGACGCGGAGGCGGAGUCAAAUUAUGAUGAAGACGAUCAUGUCGACGACAACGAUCGAGUUGCUGAUAGUGAUCUUGAAAAUGACGAGUCUUCGGUGGACAUACUGGCGCGGGAUCAUCACAAGGAUCAGCAGUCUACGCGCGAUGCUUCCCUGGAACGGGGGCAGGGCGGUGUUGGAGUUGCAGAGUCGGCUCUAGAUGCACAUACAGAUGCGCAGACAGCGGUGGAAGACAAUAUUGAGGAUGAUUUCGGAACUGUCGAGGAGCCCGAGCCGAUUGUUGGCGUCGAUUCAAACGCAAACGCAGAGAAGGACCAGGAUGAGGACGUGAUCGAGAACGGGGAUGUGGUUGAGAACGAGGAUACGGCCGAGGAUGAGGGCGAGAUCGAGUUUAAGGUUGAGGACAAAGGAGAGCGAAGCCAAGAGGGUAUCCAAAACCCUAGUGAGCCCGAAUCCGAGUCAGAGUCUUUAUACCAGGACCACGGUGGUCGAUUGACUAGUGACGGAUUGGAUGGCGCUGGUGAUGGCAACACACCGUCACCAUCCUCGUUCUACGAGCCAUAUCAACUCGCGGCCAACGAAACAGAGGCUACAGAAGCUAGAACAGAGCAAUUUCAGCAAAAUCCGCAAGAUGCGGUUCUCAGCGAAGCACCCCUCGAACCUGAUCUGUCAAAGACGCUUGAGCAGCAGCUUCCUACUCCCGAUCCUACUCAGGAACCAUUUCUAGGCAGCGAAGUGGAACCCAUCAAUGUCCGCAACGCGGCCUGUCCUUCGUCUAUCUUUGGCACACACGCACCACCCAUGGGACAGAACAUCACGUACCAACGUGCGCCUGACGCGUCCAUUGAGGUGGCGGAGGAUGUGUCAGAUGAUGCUCCUGACGAGGACGAGGACAACUUGCGAAGUAAGCAGCCAGACAGCGAACGCCAGACUCCCGACGUUGCUUCUCGAGACGCCACUCCCCAAUCCCCAGAGGUCUCCAUUCCCAGCCGUGAGGCUCCCGAUCGCUAUGCUCAGGGUUUUCGCAGCAAACUCUCCUAUUUCGCUCCCCUUGCUUCCCUCGUCGAAUACUACAACUCUCUUGUUGACACAGUCUCCAUUGUUCACAAGACAAGCCCGAUAUCCAAGGCGACGGGUGGCUCCAAGGAUUUCUUCGUGACCAUCCAGCUUACCGACCCCUCCCUGGCUGGUACCACCCUCCAGGCCCAGAUCUUCCGGCGAAAUAAAUCUGCCAUGCCUUCAAUUAUCCCAGGAAGCGCCAUUUUGCUGCGUGAUUUCAAGGUGCGAACCUAUGACCAUGAAUUCAUGCUUGUCAGCGUUCAAUCUAGUGCCUGGGCAGUCUUCGACCACACCGGCUCCGAGCCUGAAAUGAACGGACCUCCAGUUGAGUACACAUCUGAGGAAGCGGAUUAUGCAUCCGGUCUACGCCGAUGGUACGCUGAUGUCGGUACGCGCUGGGUCGCAGAUUAUGAGCUGCAGGCAGCCAUUGCCAGGGAUAGCUACGUGGACAGAGAACAUACUCCCGGCAGUGCAAUCAUCAGUGAGACGGGCAGCAUGGACUCGGGCUCGCGAGAGAACUCGGCCCAAUCUUCUCGCCGGCGCUCGCGGAAGAACUACCGACAAGUGACUAUCCAUGAGCUCCGAGACGGUUUUCGCUACGCCGAGGUUGGCUCUCCCAGUACUCGGGAGAGCAUUCAUGAACUGCGAGACGGGACUGUCUAUGCUACUCCGGCUCGGUAA